CCCCCGGCUGGUGAGAAGCAGGAGAGUUCCUCUGGCAGCCUUUCCCUGAGCACCUUCCCAUCAUCAGCACCCCCCACCCAGGGAGCUUCCAAGGUACGGGGACAGGUAGCUGCAGACGUCCCGGUCCCAACUUGCCCUCUGCUCCCUCGGAGGGAGGCUCCUCCUUGGAGGAGAGGGAAGGACAGCUCUCCUCGCCUCCCAGGCAGUUGGCAGAGCCGGGCGGCUGCUGCUGCUCUCGGCAGCCUGGUGAUGGAGAGAUUAUUUCUGAGCCAUUCCCAUUCCCCCCCACCCCCGCCCCCGCCUCUCUUGCAGGACCACGCCGGCUGUCCCUGUGGGGCUCUGAGCGCAGAGCCCAGCCGGCUGGCUCCCUCCCAGCACGAACCCCCACGGACUCUCACCUCUCCCGGGGAGCAGGGGCUUCCCGGUCCUUGUAAAAACCCCAGCCCGCUGCCCCAGGGCUGUUCCGCAGCUGCUGGAGAGAGAUGCGGAAUGAAUGUACUUUCAGGAAGAGGCAAGGGAAGAGAGGUUGGAAACUAACUCUGCCAGAAACUGCCGUGUUUGGAAUUUUUCUUUUCUUCUGCUGCAUUUCCACCGCGAGCCCAUCUCUCCACUGGCCAUCGAGACGCAGGCUCCCCCGGCCCGGCAGAGAAACAGCUGGAAAAGGGCUCCCUGAGACAGGAAGGCCAUCUCCGGCGAUGCCCACCCCCUUCCGAGCCAGGGGCCUGCCUCCCGGACACCUGCGCCAGGGCUCCUGCAGCCCCCUGAGCCCGCUCCUGCCCGGCCGCCUGCCGCGGCCCGCCGCCAAGGGGCUGUACUACCGGAGGGCGCGCAGGGUGGGCGCCCUGGACGCGUCCCCGGCCGCCGACCUGAAGAAGGAGAUCCUGGUCAACGUCGGGGGCAGGCGGUACGUGCUCCCCUGGAGCACCCUGGACGAGUUCCCGCUGAGCCGCCUGAGCAGGCUCCGGCUGUGCCGCAGCCACGAGGAGAUCGCGCAGCUCUGCGACGACUACGACGAGGACAACCAGGAGUUCUUCUUCGACCGCAGCCCCAGCGCCUUCGGCAUGAUUGUGAGCUUCCUGGCGGCCGGCAGGCUGGCGCUGCUGCGGGAGACGUGCGUGCUGUCGUUCCGGGAGGAGCUGGCCUACUGGGGCGUCGAGGAGGCGCGCCUGGAGAAGUGCUGCCUGCGCGAGCUGCUGCGCAGGCUGGAGGAGCUGGCCGAGCUGCGGCAGCAGGAGACGCUGCACCUGCGGCGGGAGGUGCGGCGCCCCGCGGGGGACCCCUCGCGCUGGGGGGUCUUCAUGCACGGGCUGCGCGAGAUGGUGGAAAACCCGCGCUCGGGGCUCCCCGGCAAGGUCUUCGCUUGUCUGUCCAUCCUCUUCGUGGCCACCACCGCGGUCAGCCUGUGCGUCAGCACCAUGCCCGAGCUGAGGGCGGAAGAGGACAAGGGUGAGUGCUCGCAGAAGUGCUACUACAUUUUCAUCGUGGAGACGGUCUGCGUGGCCUGGUUCUCCCUGGAGUUCUGUCUGCGCUUCGUGCAGGCCCGGGACAAGUGCCAGUUCUUCCAGGGGCCCCUGAACAUCAUCGACAUCCUGGCCAUCUCCCCGUACUACGUGUCGCUGGCCGUGUCCGGCGAGCCCCGGGAGGACGGCGAGCGGCCCGGCGGGGGCUCGUACCUGGAGAAGGUGGGGCUGGCGCUCCGCGUGCUGCGGGCCCUGCGCAUCCUCUACGUCAUGCGGCUGGCGCGCCACUCGCUGGGGCUGCAGACGCUGGGCCUCACCGUGCGCCGUUGCACGCGCGAGUUCGGCCUCCUCCUCCUCUUCCUCUGCGUGGCCGUGACCCUCUUCUCCCCGCUGGUCUACGUGGCGGAGAACGAGUCCGGCCGGGUCCUGGAGUUCACCAGCAUCCCGGCCUCCUACUGGUGGGCCGUCAUCUCCAUGACGACGGUGGGCUACGGGGACAUGGUCCCGCGCAGCGUGCCGGGCCAGAUGGUGGCCCUCAGCAGCAUCCUGAGCGGGAUCCUCAUCAUGGCCUUCCCGGCCACGUCCAUCUUCCACACCUUCUCGCACUCCUACCUGGAGCUCAAGAAGGAGCAGGAGCGGCUCCGCGCGCGCCUCCGCCACCUGCAAGCGGCCGCCUCCGCCAGCGAACACGAGCUUCUCAGUGACGUGGACGACCCGACCCCCGAGGGACCCGCCUUGCCCGCCAAAUACGUUUAACUCUAAACCCGUGGUGAAAAGGGCAGGACCGCGCAAAUCACCACCCACGGGGCUGGAGAACGCCACGGUGUAGACCACCCGCUGGGAUGUUUCUAGGGCCCCAGGGGGGGCUCCCCAAGCUAGGAGGGGCUCAAAGCCACCGGUGUUUGUUUGUUGGGAUUCUUGACCCCACUGGCCACCACGGUUCCUGCUGAUCUUACUGAGGCUCCUUGCUUUUUCCUUUCUCUGUGCCCAUCACCUGGAACAUCCACUCUUUCUGUAAGCUCAGCCGCCCUCCACUCUUCUUCCUCCCCUGAGGUCUCCCAUACCCCAGGCUGGGUUCCAGACACCCAUAGAACUGAGCCUACAGAGCUCCAUUCCUCCCCAAGACUCUCUUUCCAGGGCCACCCUAUCACCAGGAGCUGGAGGGGUGAGUCCCUGCAAACCCUUCUGAUCAGAUCUCCCCACCCAACCCCGUAUCAUAGGUUCCAACAGGGAUCAGUAUGUCCUCUUUGCACUCCCCACGGCCAGUGGCAUUUUCCUAAUGCCGUUCCCUCCUCCCUAGCUCUGGAAGCUCUCAGCCAAGAAGGCAGAACUGGCCUCUGUGUUAAACCCUACAUUGGGAGCCGGUGCCCAUUUUUCCUAGUGGGGCUGGGACCUGGGCAGGAUUGCCCCUUGCCAGCACAGCCGGCCCUCCUUGGCCAACUGGACUCUUGGUAGGAAACAUUCUCCAGUCGUCCAGUUCUUAGCCUUGACUGAGGCUAACCCUUGCAGGGCACUGCAUCGGCCCUUGAGAGAACCGUUCCUGCGGCUGGCUCCUCCAGCCCUGCCGAGACCUUGGCUUUCUGCCCUCAGCUAAGCCACCGAGGAUGCAGGAGAGCUUCAAUGCCGACGUGGGGGCGGCCUUGGGGUCUGCCCCUUGCUGCCUCUCCAGACCUCUUGUCGCCAGAGAGUAAUUCCUCCACUGACACUGAAAUAUGUUUGUCUAGUAUCUGUUGGUUCAUGGACAGACUCAGCCCUUUGCAGCCAGUGAGGAAGCAGGUGCAGGACCAAGCUGUUCAAGAUCAAGGCAGUGAGACCAGAGCAAUGACUCCUGAGACGGAGACCCAUGAGGAGGGAUGUUUGGAGAGCUGAAGCUGGAAAGGGGGUAGGGAUGGGAAGGCGGUGGGCUGUGCGGGCUGAGUGGAGGAUCUGGGCAUUCUGGUAGAUGCUGGAAGAUGCGGUGAUGUGGUUGGACUACAGAUGAUGCCCCCCGCAGCACCUGGGCAGAGACUGGGCAGCUCAGACAGGCUACAAGGGGCUCCCCCCUCGUAUUACUAGAAAUCCACUACAGGAGGUGGCCUGGGUCACAGGUGCUGAGGCAGUCAGGGACGGGCAGAUCUGAUGUGGUUUGUGUGUGAGCAUGUCAGCGUUUCAUCCCUGGGGACCGCUUGCCCAUGCUUCAUUCAUUCCGCUAGCAUUUAGCACAGGCCUGCUAAGUGCCAGGUUCAUGCCUCCCUUGGACUGUAAUACCAGGCAGCGUGCCGGCAGCUCUGGCCCCGGGGAGCAGCCCGCACCAGUGUCUAGCCGCAAGCUCGCCUUACCUUAUGGGCAGCUCCCAUUCCCUUUCACUCCCCUGGGUACCCUCCUACCCAGGGGGGUACAUGUCUCCAUCUCCCUAGCCCCCCAAAUCAGCAGGCCGACCCCAGUCCUUCCCACACUGAUGUUUCACCAAGGAAGCUCUUUGCACAGUGGCCCGGUGGUCACACGCAAGGGAAGCCCUUACCCCUUAUAAAAUUCCCACCCCGUGCCACCCGCCCCAGGAAGCAAAUAGCAGAGUCACUCUGAGCUUCGGUUGCUCAGGACCUACUUGCUCACUCAGGCCCAGAUUUUCACUCUCUGUGUGCCCUUGGCUCCUUUCCUUCCGUCAAGUGUGGGGCUUCGGCUGGAUCUGUGAUUUUCUGGCUGGAGCUCCAGCAAGACCCUCGGGGCUGCUCUGUGGGUAGAGGGCUCUGCAUCGUAAGGUAAAACCUUUGCAAGCAAUGCUUUUGAAAAGAACGUGAGAAUUUCUAGACACUCUCCCACCUCCAGUCAGGGUCCCUUGGACAGAAGUGGAGAUCUUACCCCAGAACCAAGGAACAAGCCUCAAGAGUCAGCGGAAGACCCGCACACCUGGUCCUCCCUCUUCUGAUUGGAGGCCUUUUUCCCGUGCUGCGUUGCCUGGUGCAAUAAUUCCUCGUUGCAGCUCUGCCCAUCCUGUGAUGGCUUGCACCCAAGCAUCUGCUUUCUCCUCUGGUUCACAUCCCAGCCAUCUGAACAAAAGCGGGCCAGGACUGGAAGAAGCCUAGGUGAGCCCAUCGCCAACGUUAAGAGACUAUAGUGUCUUAAUACACACCCAGUGGAAAUUCUACCAAAUAGAAGAGAAAAACUGGAAUUGAUUGCUUGCAUAUGGGGCUUAAUUAAACACUCAAUUUUUUUUUUCUUCUGGAUAAUAGCCGCAGGGACUGGUCUAAGUAGAAUUUGUCUAGCCGGCUUUCCAAACUUCAUGCUGAUUGGAUAGGAUAGUGAUGACAAGCGAGUUGCCAGGCAGUCUCUUCAUACCCAUUGGCUGAAAGGAGUCUUGCCAGUCCCUGGAAGGCUUGUUUUCUCUGAGGUCCACGGGCAGGACUGCAGCCAAAAGUCGAAUUUUCCAGUCGAAGGCAAAGAGUAAAGGACCCUUUGCUUCAAGCAAUUUCGUGUCGUGUCAUGGAGGUGGCUCCCACAGACAACUUUAUUAUUAUUAUUAUUGUUAUUAUUAAAGUGCAGUUGACACAUAAUGUUACAUUAGUUUUAGGUGUAAAACAUAGUGAUUGGACAAGUCUAUACAUUACUCUGUGCUCACCACAAUUGUGGCUAACAUCUGGAUAACUUUUAAGUGUUGGUUCACCAUCUCUCUAAGCAGAGUUGAGCCCAAGAAGUGACUUGGGGAUGGAUGGUGCAAAGGGGGCUCCACCCGCUGACUCUAGUCUGAUGGGUUACGGGAUCUGAGAAAUGGGUAACUGGACAGCUCACCAGAAUACCAUCUAAGACGAGAGUUUCCAUGAGGAGAUCUGUGAACCUGGAGGUUAUGUGCAUCUCAAAGUGCCCGGCUUCGAAAAGGGGUCCAGCAAUUUUUAUCAGAUCCUUAAAGGAAUCCGUGGCCCCUAUAAGAGGAUAAUAAUUUAUGUUAAUAAAUAACCUCUCAUAUUUUAAGAUGGGGGGACCAAGACUCAGAGAGGGAAAGCCACCUGCCCAAGGUCACAUAGCCUGUUUACUUAGUUAGAUCCAAGCAUCCUGAUUUCCCCAGAACACUCAGCUUUUAGGCUCAUCUGAAACAGUUCUCAAAGAAAAUAUUCAAGACAACAGGAUAACAAGAAUAUGAGUUUGCCCUGAUACCCUGAACACAGUAAGCAGACUUGUCUCGGGGUACCUCUGGCACCAGCUGUCACCCUUUGUCACAUGACAGUGGACAAGGCGACUGAUUUCACUGGCACUUCCUUUUCUCACUGAUCCCUUGGAGAGGCUGGACCCGAUGACUAUUAAAGUCCCUCUGGGCUUGGACAGUGUGUGAUUCUGGGAAGCAGAGUUCACUGCUACAGUCUAUGCCAUGGAGGGGCAGGUAAGAAACCAGAAGAGAGGUCCAAAAAAACAAAAAACCUCAAAAAUAAAAAACCGUGGUCCCUGACUAUCCACAGAGCUGCUCCCUUAGCAAACAUCACUAAUCGUUCCAGUUUGAAUAGAAAUUCACUGAGAUCUCUGCUACCAGCUGCCAGCCCCCUUCCUAGCCACUCAUCUGGGCUCCCCGCCCCCACCCGAGGCCCGCAAGCGCCAGGCCAAGGGUCUGGGCCUGCCCUUCACCCAGGGGCACUGAACCCGCCUGCUUUUCCUCAUAUUGCUGCGCUAACAAUGGGCCCCACUUACAGCAUGACUCCUAGUCACCAGGCAACUGUCUUUUGAUUUUUGAUUUUUUAACAUUUUAUUUGGGAAACGUCAAAGAAAAAAAAGUCGGGAGAACAAAAACAGUGCAUACAUACGAUUACCUGAAUACACUUUUUUUUUU